AUGGCCCUGGCAUCUGCCAGCAAGAUGCAGCCCCUGUGUGACAGUGCGGAGCCCAACUUGAGUGGCAGACCAAGCACCAGGCAUCAUGUGCUGCAGCUGCAGCGCAGAAACCACCAGCAGGUGAGAGGCGCAGGGGGAAAAGGCCUUCUGACUCCUGACAGAGGAGGCAAUUUGCAGGAUGGCAGAGUGGAUAAGAAUGUAAGACACAACAAUGAAGAGGAAACGGGCAAGGCACACUGGGGAGCAGGAGACCAGAAUGAUCAUUUCCACCAGAAGAAAUUGUUAAUAACAUUGGGGCGGCAGAAGCUUAGCUGGGGAACCAUCUCCACUACUAAAGCAGUGGCUGAGAAACCAGUUACCCAGGAGACAAAACCCGUGGCAGAUGCAGAAGGAGGAAAUCAAACGUCUGUCACAGAAUUCAUCCUCCUGGGAUUCAGCAAUACCCUGGAGCUUCAGACCCUUCUCUUCCUGCUGUUUCUGGUGAUCUACAUUAUGACCAUGGCUGGGAACAUCCUCAUCCUGGUGCUGGUUGUGGUUGAUCAGCACCUACACACUCCCAUGUACUUAUUUCUGGGGAACUUGUCCUGCUUGGAGACCUGUUACACCUCCACCAUUCUGGCCAGUCUCCUGACUGGGGACAGAACCAUUUCUUUCUAUGCAUGUGUCAUACAAUAUAAUAUCUUUGGCUUCUUAGCAACUACAGAAUGUUAUCUUCUAGCAGCCAUGUCUUACGAUCGUUAUUUAGCAAUAUGUAAACCCCUCCAUUAUACAAUAAUUAUGCAUGGCAGGUUCUGCCUCCAGCUAGCAGCUGGGUCUUGGGUGAGCGGGUUACUGGCUAGUUACAUAGUAACUGGAAUGAUUUUACAAUUAACUUUCUGUGGCCCCAAUGAAAUUGAUCAUUUUUUUUGUGAUUUCAACCUGUUGCUGAACAUCUCCUGCAGUGACACCCACCUUUUGGAACUUUUGGCUUCCAUACUGUCCUUUAUAUUCACCCUGCCCCCAUUUCUACUCACUGUGACAUCCUAUGUCUGUAUAAUUGUUGCCAUCCUGCAAAUCCCUUCCACCACUGGGAGGCAAAAGGCCUUCUCCACCUGCUCCUCUCACCUCAUUGUGGUGACCAUUUUCUAUUGGACCAUCACUAUUGUGUACGUGUUGCCAAAAAAUGAUACACUGAGAGACCUGAACAAAGUGUUCUCUCUCCUUUACACAGUCCUGACCCCACUGGUCAAUCCCCUCAUUUAUAGCCUGAGAAACAAAAAGGUCAAGGAGGCCCUGAGGAAAACUCUCGGUAAAUUUAUGAAUUUCAGAAGAAUUCAGGCCAUCCAAGCUAAUAUGUGUAAGAUAAAUCGAAAUGGAGAGAAUCUGGAUCCAAGCAUAGCAAUCUGGGUUGCCCCUCUUGAUGGACUAAUAACCCAUGCCAGGGGAAAGAGAAGCAGUUCCUCAGAAUGA